CCCCGAGACCCCCAUCCCAGUUAGAGAGGCCAGUGUCUGGGGGCAGGGGCCCACCCCGUUCCUGCCGGCGCUUCAAAUACAUGUUUAGCUCCCCCCCCCUUUCCGGCGUGUCCAUAGAUUCUCUCCAUGCAGCCAUCCACGAGUUGCGUUCUCUCCUUCGUGCAUGUGCACAUGCAUGCCGUUCUGCGCGUCAGCGGCUCGCCGUGCACCGGCGCGGCCCAGAGCUUCACUGGCAAAAUGGGCAGGUGCUUGCAGGACUCGAGGAAGACUGUGCCCGUGCAUCUCUUCUUGCAGCACUGCUGCUUAUUGCUUGUGUCUACGGCAGCGAUCUCGGUGCUCCUCUGUCCCUCCAGAGGUGCCCGCCGCUCGCCGGCAGGAGCUGCUGCGCGCGCUGCAGCGCCAGGCCGGCGCGGGCGGCGGCGCGGAGCUGAGGGGCUGGAACCACUUGCCGGCCACGGCGCGCCACUGGGGCAGCGUCGCGGUGCCAGCGCCGGCGCCGCCGCGGGGCGACGGGGCGGAGGGCUCCGAGGCGGGCGUGCGCGCGCUGCUGCAGGCCCUGCCGCCGUGGCAGCUGGAGGCGGACUACGGGGAGGAGAGGCCCUGCGCGAUUUGCCACGCCAGCAUGAACCAGGGCGACGUGGUGUGCCGCCUGCCCUGCCGUCACGUGUACCACGUGGGCUGCAUCGACAGGUGGCUCCGCGUGCGCGCCACGUGCCCGAUGGACAACCUGGAGAUCGGGCCGAUGCUGGGGGCGUGAUCUCCACAGGAGGUGCGAUGGGCGCUGGACACAAGG